AUGGAUGAUUCAAGUUUGGAGAUUGGUAACGACUUGUACAAACCACAAAAACGUAUUCUAACGUUUCUAUUCCGCAACAAGUUUUAUCCUAUACCUAAAGAUGAUAGUGAACGGAAAAUAUACCCAGAACAAUCGAGUAAUAUCUUGUAUCGUGUAUUCUUUUGGUGGGUAUCACCGUUGAUGACGAUUGGUUAUACAAGAACACUACAACCAAAUGAUUUAUGGAUUUUAACUGAAGAUAUGAAAGUGGAACAUUUUUACAAUUACUUUGUCGCUUAUUUAGAAGUUGAAACUGAACGUGCGCAUCUCAAUCAUAUUUCCAACAAAUGCAAAGAACGUGAUGAAACAAUUGAAACAUCCAGCAAGACACGUGAAGAAGAUUUGGAGGAUUUUGUAUUGUCUCCUAUGAAUAUUGCAACAAUCUUGUUUCUUACAUUCAAACGUCAAAUUUUGGUUAGUUUGAUUCUUGCCAUUUUUGCAUUGAGUGGAAUUGCUUGUUCUCCGUUAUUGACUAAAGAGUUGAUUAAAUUUGUUGAAAAAAGAAGUUUGGGGUUGAAUACAAACAUUGGUCAAGGAGUUGGUUAUUCUCUUGGUGUUGUUUUCAUGAUGCUAUUCAGCAAUUUAUUAUUCAAUCAUUUCAUGUAUAUUGGCCAACUGAUGGGUGCUCAAAUUAAAGCUUUAUUGACAAAAGCGGUAUUGAAUAAAGCGUUCAAAUUCAAUGCUGAAUCACGCCAUAAGUUUCCUCAAAGUAAAUUGACAAGUAUUAUUACGACUGAUUUAUCACGAGUGGAGAUUGCUUGCAUGUUUCAACCUUUGUUGUUGUGUUUACCUGUCCCCAUUGCUAUUGCAAUUGUCAUUUUAGUGGUUAAUAUUCGUGUUUCUGCCGUUAUUGGUAUUGUCAUCUUUAUUAUCUUCCUAGGAUGUAUUUCAUUUGGCGCUAAAAAGCUCUUUGCUUAUAGAGAUGCUGUCAGUAAGAUUACUGAUAAAAGAGUCAAUUUCAUGAAAGAGAUUUUGAAUAAUCUAAAAAUGAUUAAAUUUUACCUGUGGGAACAUCCAUAUCAUGAAAAUGUUCGCAAGAUACGAGGAGAAGAAGUUGACAUGAUUUUGAAAAUUCAAACUUUAAGAAAUGUCAUUUUUUCGUUGGCAAUGACCUUAACUGGUAUUUGUUCAAUGAUUGCAUUUGUUAUAUUGUAUGCUAUCCAAGGUUCAACUAGUAGUCCGGCAAAGAUGUUUUCGUCAGUUUCAACAUUUGAAAUUUUAGGAUUGAUGGUGUUUUUUAUACCCCAAGCAUUGUCUACUACUGCUGAUAUGAUUAAUGGGUUUAAAAGAAUUGGAGCUGUUUUGUCGGCUGAUGAAAAUGAACCUUAUGAAGGGUAUCAUGUGUUGAAUGAUGGAGGAGAUAAGAGAGCCAUUGCAUUGAAGGGUGCUAGUUUUAGCUGGGAUGUGUUUGAUGAUGAGGAAGAGGACGGAGAAGAAGAGGACAACAAAUCAGAGGACAAAAAUAGAUCCAAGAAAUCCAAGAAGAAGGACAAGAAGGUCGCUAAAACCGGAUCCUCUACUUCACUGGCUGAUAUCGAAUUAGACACAUUACAAAAUGCAAAGAAGAACAAGAAGAAGGCAGAUGAUGAAGAAGAGACAUCUACAUUUGCUGGGUUGAAGAAUAUUGACCUCACCAUCAACAAGGGGGAGUUUGUUGUUAUUACGGGGUUAGUUGGUUCUGGUAAAUCAUCAUUGCUUAGUGCCAUUGCUGGGUUUAUGUCAUGUGACUCCGGUGUGGUGGAUAUUAAUGGUUCUUUAUUACUAUGUGGUGCCCCUUGGAUUCAAAACAACACAAUAAGGGAAAACAUUGUCUUCGGUAAACCAUUGGAUCAAGAGUUUUACGACAAGGUUAUUUAUUCUUGUGCAUUGAAUAUUGAUUUGGAUACACUAGAGGGUGGUGAUUACACUGAAGUCGGGGAAAAGGGUAUUACUUUAUCAGGUGGUCAAAAGGCAAGAAUCAACUUAGCACGUGCUGUUUAUGCUGACAAGGAGAUCAUUUUAAUGGAUGAUGUAUUGAGUGCAGUCGAUGCUAGAGUGGGAAAGCAUAUCCUCAAUAAUUGUUUCUUGGGGCUCUUGGGUAACAAGACUAGAGUGUUGGCCACUCAUCAAUUAUCUUUGAUUGGACAAGCGGAUCGAAUUAUCUUCCUAAAUGGAGAUGGAUCUAUUGAUGUGGGUAAAAUGGAUGAGUUGAUUGAAAGAAAUAAGGAUUUCAACCAGUUGAUGAAGUUUAGUAAGCUUGAAGAUAUUGAUGAGGAGAUGGAAGUGGAGGAUAUUGUUGAUGAGAUCGAUUUGGGGAAUAAAGAAGGCAAAACUGAAUUAGUGCCAGCAUUUCUGAAUCAAGUUACCGAUGCUUCUCAAGAGUUGACAAGACGCAGAACAAACUAUAAAUCCGACAGCGACAACAGUGACGAUUACGAUGAUGAUGAAUACAAGGACUAUAACCUCAACAAGGAUGCAUCCAAGGGUAAAAUCAUCACCGAAGAAGAGCGUGCUGUUAAUAAUAUUAAGUUUGAUGUUUACAACAAAUAUUUAAAAUAUGGUGCCGGUAAAUUAACCCCUUGGGGCUUUUUUGCCAUUUUUGCUGUGCUUUUGACCCUUGCCACAUUUUGUGAUAUCUUCACCAAUACGUGGUUAUCAUUUUGGAUAUCACAGAAAUUCCCAGGUAAAUCUAAUGGGUUUUAUAUUGGAUUUUAUGUUAUGUUUAAUAUCUUGUGGGUCAUUUUCCUUACUUAUACAUUUGUGUUUUUCAUUCAUGGAACUACUGUGUCUUCAAAGAAUUUGAAUUUAAUGGCGAUAAAGAGAAUCCUUCAUGCACCAAUGUCAUUUAUGGACACUACGCCAAUGGGAAGGAUAUUGAAUCGAUUUACUAAGGAUACUGAUGCAUUGGAUAAUGAAAUUAGUGAUAAUUUGCGUCUUUUCUUCACAGCAAUUGCCAAAAUGAUUGGUGUUUUCAUUUUGAUUAUUAUUUAUUUACCCUGGUUUGCUUGUGCCAUUCCAGGUAUAUUUGUCAUGUUUUUCUUGAUAGCUAAUUUUUAUCAAGCAUCUAAUCGAGAAGUCAAACGAUUGGAAGCUAUAUUGAGAUCAUUUGUGUACAACAAUGUUAAUGAGGUCUUGAGUGGUAUGAAUACUAUAAAAGCAUAUAAAGAUGAAACUAGAUUUACCGAAUUGGGUGAUUUGUUAUUGAAUAAAGCCAAUGAAGCUUCAUUUGUCGUCAAUGCUAAUCAAAAAUGGUUGGGUAUACAAUUGGAUAUUCUUGCGGAAAUUAUAGUGUUGAUUGUGUCGUUGCUCUGUGUCAAUCGAGUAUUUUCAAUCAAUGCUGCGGCAGUGGGGUUAUUGAUGACUUAUACAUUACAAGUUGCUAAUGAAUUGUUGAAUUUGGUGAGAACUUUUACGUUGGUGGAAAAUGAUAUGAAUUCAGCUGAAAGAAUUAUCCACUAUGCAUUGAAAGUUGAUCAAGAGGCUCCAUAUGUGAUUGAUUCUAAUAAACCUGCUGCCGACUGGCCUCAAUAUGGAGCAGUCGAAUUCUCACAUGUGGAUAUGAAGUAUAGACCAGGGUUGCCAUUAGUAUUGAAAGAUUUUUCACUAAAGAUUUCUCCCAUGGAAAAAAUUGGUAUUUGUGGUCGUACUGGAGCGGGCAAAUCAUCAAUCAUGACUGCAUUGUAUCGAAUUUCUGAGUUAGAUGGUGGGUCGAUAGCCAUUGAUGAUAUUGAUAUUUCUACAAUUGGAUUGAAAGAUUUACGAUCACAUUUGUCAAUAAUCCCGCAAGAUCCAGUGUUAUUCAAUGGAACAAUCAGAUCUAACUUGGACCCCUUUGGUGAACAAGACGAUGAAGUAUUGUGGGAAUCGUUACGUCGAUCAGGUGUCUUGACUGCUGAAGAAGUUGCCAAAGCCAAAUCAAUCUCCAAGGACAAUAUCUCCGAUGAAGUAGAGUUACCCAAAUUCCAUUUAUAUCAACCAGUUGAAGAUGAAGGUGAGAAUUUCUCUCUUGGCGAAAGACAAUUGAUUUCAUUUGCACGAGCAUUAGUUCGUAAUGCCAAAAUUAUCAUUCUUGAUGAAGCUACAUCAUCAGUUGAUUAUGGAACUGAUGAUAAGAUUCAAACUACAAUUGCUGAUGAGUUUAGGCAAUGUACUAUAUUAUGUAUUGCUCAUCGAUUAAAGACAAUUAUUAAUUAUGAUAAGAUUUUGGUUAUGGAUAAAGGGUCAGUUCGGGAGUUUGAUACGCCUUGGAAUUUAUUCAAUUCAAGUGGUAGUGUGUUUAGAGAAAUGUGUGAAAAAUCGAACAUUGUUGCUGAAGACUUCAAGAGGAGGUGA